AUGAAGGUUCAUAAUGAGGCAAUAGGCAAUGCAGGAGGUGCCAACACCCUACGCUGUCCUUGCUGUGGCUACUCUACAUCUUCUCGUAGUCAUAUGGAGAUCCACGUGGCCACUCACACUGGGGAGAAGCCAUUUGCCUGUCCACACUGCCCCUUCAGAGCUGUCCACAGUGCCAAUCUCAAGACACACCUAAGAAUUCAUACUGGUGAAAAGCCAUUUACAUGUCCUUAUUGCCCGUAUUCAGCGGCACAGAAGGAAAAAUUAAAAGCACACAUUCGAACACACACAGGUGAGAAACCCUUUGCCUGUGAGCACUGUCCAUACCGAUCAACACGGAAAGACCAUCUCAAGAGUCACGUGAGACUGCGACACACCCGACGAACAAUCCUGCCUCCUGUGAUUGAAUAA